UAGCCGACCAAAAUCGCGAUUCGCCGCGUUUACGAAGCACAGCGAUUGUUUGCAAGUCGGAGGUGCUUAGAUCGCAUCUCGUUUAAGCCAACAACCGCUGCGCGAGCUAUAAUUUAAAUCCGCGCAGUGCCGCGCGAGCUAGAGGACAGCGAGCCACAGCCUCGCCUCACAGCCAGCGCGAAACGCAAGCACCAGCGAGCCACAGCCUCGCUUCACAGCCAGCGCGAAACGCAAGCACCAUGGCCGACGAGGCGAAGAACAUGGUCAAGGACGACGUCACGGGCGAGAUGAUGUCGAAAAACGCCCUGAAAAAACUCCAGAAGAAGCGCGCCGCCGACGCCAAGAAGGCCGAGAAGAAGGCCGCCGCCGAGGCCAAGGCCGCCGCCGAGGGCCCCAAAAAAAAAUCGUCGAUGGCCUCGGCCGAGGCCGACGACCAGUUGGAGCCGCACCAGUACUUUGCCAAUAGGUGCGCCGCCAUGCAGCGCCAGCAACUACAAAGUGAGGCGGGCAAGGGUGUCAGUCCGUGGCCCCACAAGUUCCAGACCACGCACACCUUACCGGAAUAUGUUGCGGCAUUCAGCGGUUUGGCGGAUGGCGCUAGAGACGAUGCUACCACCGUCAGUAUUGCGGGAAGAGCCAUGCGCAAGGCCGGCCAGGGCAAAUUGAUUUUCUACGACCUCCAUGGCGGCGGCGCGAAGGUCCAGAUCAUGUCCGAUCCUCGAUCUUACGAGGAAGGUUCCGACGCGUGGGAGGUGAUCAAUGACCAGUUGAGGCGAGGCGACGUCGUCGGUGUCGUGGGCAAGCCGGGCAAGUCGAAGCGAGGCGAGCUAUCCAUCUUCCCGACAAAAUUACAGCUCCUAUCCCCGUGCCUGCAUAUGCUACCGAAGGGCCAAGGCUCGAUGGUCCUGAAAGACCCGGACACUCGCUUCAGAAAGAGGUACCUCGACCUGAUGGUCAACGAAGGCGGUGCCCAAGUGUUUGAGGUUCGCAGUAAACUAGUGAGAGGUGUUCGGAAGUACCUCGACGAUCGAGGCUUCCUGGAGGUCGAGACGCCGAUGAUGAACAUGGUGGCCGGUGGCGCUACUGCCAAACCGUUUGUGACGCAUUUUAAUGAGUUGGGCAUCAAUGUCUUCAUGCGCGUCGCGCCGGAGUUGUAUUUGAAACAGUGCGUCGUGGGUGGGUUGGAUAGGGUCUAUGAGAUCGGACGCCAGUUCCGGAACGAGGGCAUGGAUCUGACGCAUAAUCCCGAGUUCACGACCUGUGAGUUCUAUAUGGCCUAUGCUGAUUAUCACGACCUCAUGGACAUGACCGAGGAAAUGAUUAGCGGGUUGGUCAAGGAGGUGCAUGGCACCUAUAAAGUCAAGUACAAGCCCAUGCACGGCGACGAGCUGGAGAUCGACUUUUCGCCGCCCUGGCCGCGGAUUCCCAUGCUCGAUGGUCUGGUCGAGAAGCUGGGGGCGAUUGGUGUGGACGCGAAGUGGUUGUCGGCGAAGGGUGCUUUGGCUCUACCGGACGCUAUUGAUAAGUUGAAAGCGGCCCAUAAAGCUGCGAAUAUAGAGUUUUGUGCGCCGCCGCACACUGUUGCUCGCUUGGUAGAUAACUUAGUGGGAGAACUGCUCGAGGACAACUGCGUGAACCCGGCCUUCAUCACGGAGCAUCCCGCCGAGAUGUCGCCCUUGGCCAAAUAUCAUCGGGACAAGCCUGGGCUCACGGAGCGCUUUGAAUUAUUCGUGGCCGGCAAGGAGCUCUGCAACGCUUAUACCGAGUUGAAUAAUCCUUUCGUGCAGCGGGAACGCUUCGCGGAGCAGAGCAAGGACGUCGAGGCCGGCGACGACGAGGCCAUGAACAAGGACGAGGACUUCUGCGUGGCCCUCGAGCACGGCCUCGCGCCGACCGGCGGCUGGGGCUGCGGCAUCGAUAGAUUGACCAUGUUCCUGACGAACAAGAAUUCCAUCCGCGAAGUGUUAUUAUUUCCGGCCAUGAAGCCGGAAGCUUCGCCGCCGCCGCCGCCGCCGCCCGGGGACGACGCGGACGCCAAGAUCCGCGCGCUCUGCGCCCAGGUCGCGCAGUUCGGCGUUAAACCGUGCUGCGGGCCGUGAGUUCGAGGGGUGGGUAAGGCUUUCUCUAGUU